ACGUUCGCAGCGAUUAUCGAUCGCGGAUAAAAAUAGUUCCGUAUAAACACUUGUAGCUUUUGCCGUGUAGACACGAUUCGCUGACCAAACAACGCGGAUCAAACAAAAUUAUCAUAACAACGUUUCGCCAGACGCGCGUUCAUUUAGUUUAGUCUCAGAGACAGGACGUGGUCAGCACGGCGUCCGACUUGCUUGUUUGCUUUUUAAAUUACUUUUAACAUGAUUAAAUUAGUUGUUCUGUUAUGUGCGUUUGGAAAUUGCGGUAAAGUUUUCGGUCUCGAAACGACAACGUACGAGCUUUUAAUGCCUAAUGUCUAUCCACACAGGGAUGAGCUAUACCUCUGCACUCCCAUCCGGAUCUUCCCAGACAGAAGCUAUUCCAUAGUGGGAUUUGAACCAAACGCGAGUAUGCACACAGCCCAUCACAUGCUGCUGUAUGGAUGCUCAGAACCAGGCUCGAACGAUAGUGUUUGGAGUUGUGGUGAGAUGUCAAGCAAUGAAAUUGACGCUCAGUACAACACUGCAAGCCCGUGCCGCUCAGGAUCUCAGAUCGUGUACGCAUGGGCUCGAGACGCUCCUAGCUUGACGCUCCCCGAGGGAGUCGGUUUCCUAAUCGGGAAGAACUCGCCCAUCAAGUACUUGGUGCUUCAAGUGCAUUACAUGUCGAUGUUCCCAGAAGGCAAAACGGAUAACUCGGGUGUCCUUCUGAAGUAUACACAAGAACAGAUGCCCCGCCAAGCCGGCGUAUUCCUGCUCGGCACCAGCGGAGCCAUUCCUCCUAAGAAGGUGGAACAUAUGGAGACGGCCUGCACUAUGACGGAGGACAAAGUCAUCCAUCCUUUCGCGUUCCGAACUCAUACUCAUUCUCUCGGAAAAGUGGUAACCGGCUACGUGGUCCGUAAAAACGAGCAGGGCGACGAAUGGAACCUGAUAGGCGAGAAGAACCCCCAGCUGCCCCAGAUGUUCUACCCCAUACAAGACCCCUCGCCCAUUAGUAAGGGAGACAUCAUUGCUGCUAAGUGUGUGAUGAAUAAUACUCACGAACACACUGUUAGGAUUGGCGCCACGAACAAGGACGAGAUGUGCAACUUCUACCUAAUGUACUGGGUGGAGCGCGACACCCCCCUGGACCAGAAGUACUGCUUCUCGGCCGGCCCCCCCUACUACUACUGGUCGCGCGCGCCGCAGAACUUCAACCGCAUACCUGUCCAAGACAACUCCAAGUACACGUAAAUUGGUUGAGUGUGUCUCUCUCACAUUUUGCUACCAAGGAAUGCGAGCGAGCAGAUUUAAGGACAAACUUCAACAUAAUUUUCGCAGCGUGUACGGGGUCGUCCAUUCAUCACACAAAAUUACGAUUUUUAGACCCCUUCCCAUUUUCAUAGGAAAAAGAUGUCGUUAAUACGUACUGUCACACUUGGCAUGACAGAUUGAUCACAAUUUCGUGAAUUUACCGGUACUCGACCCACGUUCUAGGUAGCAUAAUGUGAAAAAGACUUUAAUCUUAACACUGCCGAUUCCGGUAAUAAAAAUUACUAAAGGCCUAUGUCGCGUUCAUGUCGUUGCAAAGUCUAAUUUGAAUACCUAUUUAAACACGACAAGCAUAAAAAGAAAGUGGCUUAAAAUUAUUUUCGUUGUCUUGUUUCUGACCACUCUGUCACGCUUGUAUUUCCGUCUUCUAUCAAAUAAAUGAAAAACUCGAUUGCUAUCGCAUGUGUGCUAGCUGUAGAUUAUAUUUUAAAUGAGAAAAAUUAAGAACUAAAUUUCACCUGAUACAAAAACUCCACUCCGUCACAUUUUUUGGGGACAAAAAACAAGACAACGAAAACAAUUUUGACCCAAGUACGAAUCGGCCGACGACAUGAUAGAAUCAAUCUAGAUGGUUAUUUAUGUUGCUCUUAAACUAAAUACAGCCUGGUGACGUGUGACAGGCAGACGGACAGACGGACGGACAGCGGAGUCUUAGUAAUAGGGUCCCGUUUUUACCCUAAAAAGCAUUAAAUGCAUUUGAAAAUUAAAUUAGCUAUGUGCUAAAUAUGAACACUCAUGGCGACUCAUCGUUCACUGAAGCCUUCAUCUCGCGUAGCCAUAGCUGGUUGAUGUGUGAGUCUAAAUCUUGAUCUAUUCAGUGCAGGAACGAUCAUGACGCUGAAUGGAUUGAUUAGUUACAAGUUGUUAUAUCCUCUCACGGUCCUACCUCCUAUAUUACCUACUUAUUAAGUUCGGUGAAAUUUUGCAUUUGUUUUGUUUCAUUCAAUUUUAAAACAAAACAAAAACUACUCUAUUUCCUACAUAAUAGGUUCAAAUUUCACUGGCCAAUUUUGGUCUUUUGAUCUUGUAUGGCUGGGCCUUAGGAGGAUGUGAUAUGUUAUUCUAUCAUUUGGAGGUCGCGUACUUACUUACAAAGUAGGUUUCAGUUUCUAUUUUUAUUUUUAACUAUAGCGAAAAAAUAUAAAAAUCUUACAUAGCAAAAAUGAGGAACAUCACUGUUCUUGAAACUGUCUUACAAAUAUCGUGUCAGUGUUUAGAAAAAGAUGUUGGUUGGCAUCCUUUUCAGCCACUGACAUAAUAAAUAGUGUCAUACCUAUUUUCUUUUGACGGAAAAGUAGGGAAAGAAAAUAAGAAAUGUUACUUGUUGUAUUCAGUUCGUACCUUUUUCGUAUACAAUUUUGUUGAAUUAGACCUAGGUACGCGCCUUUUCACUUAGUGGUGUAGAAUUUUAUAUUAAAUAAAAACCUCUCGUUAGUACUAGGUACAUACGUCUCAAAUAAUGUGCCGUCCCGAAUCUUGUAGUAACAUAAAACUGGCAAAAACAACUUUGCCUUUAACCUCUAGCCCACAAAUCAAGCUAAGACAAAUGCAAUUUUGAUUUUUUCAAUAAAGAUUCAUAAUACAAUGGAAUGAAAGGCCAGGCUUAUGGACGGCUAUAGGUUAUGUACUAAAAUUUCCCCCAUUAGUAGAAACACUGCCUGAAUGGUAAACUAUAUAAUAUACGUCUCCUUCUUUUAAACAAAUGUAUGAUAUUGUAGUUGUUAUGAGAACCUACCUCUUUAUGAAAAGUCUUCUACACGGGGUAACACUAGGUAUUGAUAGACCUACAGUCAACCGCAGAAAUGCUAAGCCGGUCUGGUGUUCAAAUGAUCUAAAUAAUACACCUUUGUUGUAAAGAACAAGAACGUGCGUACACACAUCAUUAUAAACACUUGUUCCUCUUAGCCACAUGUGAUUCUGACUCUAAUUUUGCUAUUUUGUCGUGAUAUUCCAAAUGUAUUUGUAAAUUAUUUCAAAUUGACAUAUUAUUUAAUUUAUGCAUUCCAAUUGCGAAGACUAAGAAAGAAAAACAAACAUUCCUUUGUUUAAAUAUAUAUAAUUGUAUUUAAAAAUCUGAAAAAAAGAUCUGAAAAAAAAAACAAAGAUAUUGUAGCAUUAUCAACUUCUUCAGUAUUUACUAACAUGUUACUUAUAUCUACUUCUAGUCAUUUAAUAAGAAAGACUUUAAAAAAUCAUAUUAAAAAUGUACUAAAAUUACUACAGCAUAUUAUUUAGCUGUUCUCAGUUUUUAAACAAACGCACAAUUUGUGGAUUUGGAUCCAAAAUAUCAAAAAAAUAUAUGAACGGCUAUAAAUAAGGCGAAUAACUCUUAUUCAUACAAAUAAUACUGAUCUAUUUAUUAUUUAAUGAUGAUCUGAAGUGCAAACAAUUGAUCUGUUAUUUACAAAAACUGUAAGAGCAUAAUAAUUAUUGUACUAUUUUAGUCGUGUUUGUAAAAAAUAUAGUUAGGCACUGGUUUAAUCCUACAACUUCGCUUAAAAAUUAUAUAAGAAAGUCAUCAUAAUUUGAGGAAAAUGGUAUAUAAAUAUGUUGAUAUUUAUUAUUGUAUUCGAGUUUCAUUAAUGUUUUUUCCUUGGCGAUGACUUCUAAUUUCAGCGAAGGAUUAGGAUAAAGUAGUAUUUUAAUGGUGUUAAAGUCAGACCAAGAGAACUCGCAGCUAUUUUGAUAGCACACGCUGUGCAAAUGCUGUUUUAAACGUCAAAUUUCUAUGAAUACAGUCUAUGCUAUUAAAAUCACUGCAGGGUUAUCUUGGUCUGGCUCUAUUCAUAAACGCGCUACUAGCCUUAAUUAGCUGUUAAUCGUUUGUCUUAGUCUGACCUUUUGACAUAUGUAUUUUGAAGAAAGGGAUAAAACACAAAUUAACUAAUUGAGGCUUGUAAUGUUUUAUGAAUAUGAAUGUAUAAAUAUGACCAACAACAUAUUUUUAUGUUAUAGAUAACUAUUAAAUCAUGAAAUAAAAUUUCUCAGUGUUUUGUCGUAAAUGAAUAAUUUAAUUUGGUAACAACAAUAAAAAAUAAAUAUUAUAUGCUAAUGUAAUGGCACAGAAUAAAUAAUAGUACUAGGUACAGAAAAUUAACUCUCUAACAAAACGCGUCUAUUACGACAAAUAUGGCCGCUAGGUGGCGCAAGCGCGAACAGGUCUCCGUUCCGUAGCGGUGCGCAGCAACUACUAUGGCUAGACACCAAAAUUGGUGUGGGCCGCAUGUACUUUUAGCGACGCGACAAAAUCGCGGAGUGAGCCACUCCGCGUUAGUAUGUCUCACAACAGUUUAAAUUCGAUUAAUUUAUUAGUUUAGAGCAGCGUCACUUUUUUGGUGACGGAACCCUUUUGGAAAGCGAAAUAUUUGAUGAAGCCCAAAAAAAAAGAGUGUAGAAACAGCUCUUCUAUACAACUGGGCUGUUUUUUUUCUUAUUAAGUAUUUUAAGUAUUCGCGCUUCCCACAGAAGCUUUACGGAGCCCUAGGGCUCCGCGCAACACGCUUUGAGAAUGGCUGGUUUAGAGUGACAAGAAAAACUAUUUAACCUAUGCCUAUGAUUGAGAAAUUUUAUUUCCCUAAAUUAUAUCUUUAACGGACGACUUUGGCUUGCGAUCUGGACUUUGAAAAUGUAUGUAAAAAUUAUGUAUAUCCCUAAGUAUAAUAAACUUAACGCUUAUUCAGAGACUUUUGAACUUUAUAUGUAUUUCUAUAAUAAUAGAUUUUUCAGAAGUGUCUGAAUGAUUCGCUUGAAAUUUGGGUUGUAUAUUGGUUUUGAUAGGGCCUCACAGUGUGACUGGACGAUAUUCGGGAUUCACAGACAAUCUUUCCCGACUGUCUGUGAUGAUCUUUAUGUCUUUUUGCAGCUUGAAAAGCGUUUAAUGAAGGAUAUUGUCAAAAUUUAAUGAAUAACCAUGUCACGCUAUUAUUAAAUAUUGUUAAAUAGAACUAAUAGAGCCCCAUGCACCUGUGGCAAAGGCCUGGGAAAAGUAUUAUUACGUUAUAAUUUGUCGUUAUUAGACAGUAAGUGAACAUUCCUAUACAAAAGUGAGCACGUAAAUUUAUUCCAAAAUGAACCUUGAAUUUAUACGUAAAAAAAUGCGCAUAAAGACAGCGCAUUAGACCUAGAAUAUUAUACAACAAGACUUGAUGUAGCUAUCUGAUUUUCAGUAAUGACAACAGCAAAAUAAGUAUUUUACAUUUAUUUAAUUCACAAAAUGAAUACUUAUACAAUUUCACAAAAUAAAGCCUGAAUCAAUCAAUUACAUGAACUGGAUAGUCAAUUUCUAUGACAUCAUUUACGGUUUCUAUUAUUACGUUAACUAUUAUACAUUAAAAUAUCUAUAAGAAAUGUAUAGUAAAAUGCUAGAGUAAGUAAAUCAUAUUUAUGCGAUAACUACUAGAGUAUAUGUGACGUUUUCAACUAAAAGGUACCACAUUGUCGGUUGUCGAUAAGGUUGAUCUCUAAUUGAAGUUAUAUGGAAAUCGCGCCUUACUGACAAGCGACAAUAAGUACCCUUUUGGUUGAAAAUGACACAUUAUUAUGUAUAUAUCAUUUAAUUUACAAUGUAUUUUAUUCCAUGGAUGUUAAACUAGUAUAACAUAUGUUAGCUUUAAAAUUAAUGUUUUAAUCAUAUCGAUGUGCUAAGCUGAAAGCAAAACUUGUUAUAAUAAUUAGUACGUCAUAAUAAGUGAGUGGCAAAUAUGGGAAACCCAUGAAAAAAUAUAAAAAAAUGUUAUAUUUUCUCUAAAGCUAUAUUUUAUACCUUCUAAUAUCACUUACUGUAUAUGAUUUACUGGAAACUUAGAAUGAUUGGGUAACAUUAUACUACAGGUAUGCGUUGCUAAAAAAGUUUCUUAAAGUUGGAAAAGUACUAGGAGAUUUCAGGAAAAUUUUACAGGAAAAAGAGGAAAUUUUAUUACAGAAAUGGAAAAUUUCGAUUCGCAUACAAAAAUAUGAGGUUUCCGAAUUUUUUUUAUGUGGAAAUUUCGCAAUUUAGGAAACUUUCAGACGGUAUCUCAGAGGGCCUAGCCAAUAUGCCAAUCAAAGCUCUCUGUCGCACUUAUAUGGAAGAGUGAUAGAGAGACAUUACCGUUUCGUUCGCUAUGGCGCAAACGAUUGGGAUCUUAGGUGCCAAAAUAUCAAAGACACUAGACACUUUUUAUUUACAAAAACUUUUGAAGUCCGUUCAUUGUUACCCAAACAUACAGAGUUACCAGUAAUUAAUAAAUUUUACAAAAUUUAGUUUCAAAACCUAACAUUCCUAUUUACUACAAAUCUCAUAUUGUAUUGAAACGGGGAAGUGCAAAAUAAAUAUACUAUAUCUAUAUUUU